CUCCGUCCAGGGUGUAUCCUGCCUUGAUGCCCGAUGACGCCUGAGAUAGGCACAGGCUCCCCCCGUGACCCGAGAAGUUUGGAUAAGCGGUAGAAAAUGAAUGAAUGAAUAAACAAAGGCAUGUUGAUUGUUGUGUACUUCUUCCUGUAGGGUAUUAAAAGAAGUUCUUUUUGCAUGGAAAAUUUUGAUGGCUUUAGUUUAAUUUUUAUUUAGAUGGCUUUAAUUAAGUAAGUAUUAGACAGAUAGAAGCAUGCUUUGAUGGAAUACAGCACAGUGACAUUCUUUCAUUGUUUACCCCAUAUGAAGUUGGUGUCUGACUGCAGGGUCAGCCAUGGUUCAGCACCUUUUGUGCAGUGAGUGUUAACAGCCUUGCUUAAGAGCCCAACAGUGGCAGCUUGGAAGUGCUGGGACUUGAACCCCAGCUCUCCAGUCAACAACUCAGAGCCUUCACCACUUGAGCCACCAUAAAUGACUUAUGAUCAAAAUCACCUUGUCUUUUUCAGAUAUUCAACUGUCUAGUUUGAAUUGAAAUUGAGGAAUAGAACUGUUCUCUAUCACCACAUACACAUUUCUUCACAUAUCCCAACUGAGGAGGUUGGGGUUGGAGCACAGGGGCAGCUAUGAUACAGUGCCCAUGGAGCAGUGAGGGUUAAGUGCCUUGCUUAGUUCCCUAACUUUUGCAGCUCAACAAUGCCAGGGCUUGAACCCUUACCUUCCAGUCAACAAACCAGAGUCUUAACCACUUAAGCCACCACUGCCCCUUUAAACUUCGUAUUGUAAAUGCAGUAUGGAGGUGAAGUCAGGAUAACUUACAUAAGCAUUCUCUUUUUCUGUGCCAGAUCUUCCUCGUAAAAAUACACUCUGUUCGAAGCUGCCGUUAUCCUAUUACAGGUUAUUUCAAGUGAUCACUCUUUUAGUAUGACACCAACAUAAGAGGUUUAGAAUCUUGAGACUUGCUGUGGUGAUCAGUGUGUGGCUGGUCAAUGCUGUUAAAAGAGCCCUGGGCUGCAGGAGGCAUGCUAAGUGCAUAACUGGUGUGAACCUGAAGAAAGAGUGAGUGUUUCCUCAGACAUGGGCAACAAUCACGCCACCCUGGAUGACAUCCUGGCCGAGGACAUGCACCACUGGUACAACAAGUUCAUGAGGGAGUCUCCAUCAGGCCUGAUCACACUAUUUGAGCUGAAGUCUAUCCUUGGGCUGCAGGGGAUGCCUGAGGAUGCUAACAGCUAUGUGGAACAGGUCUUCCACACGUUUGACAUGGAUGGGGAUGGAUACAUAGACUUUGUGGAAUACAUCGCUGCAAUCAGUCUGAUGCUUAAAGGUGAAAUCAACCAGAAAUUAAAGUGGUAUUUUAAACUGUUCGACCAGGAUGGCAAUGGAAAAAUCGACAAAGAAGAACUGGAGACAAUAUUUACGGCCAUACAGGACAUCACACGAAAUCGGAGCAUUGUUCCAGAAGAGAUAGUAGCACUUAUAUAUGAAACAAUUGAUGUCAAUGGAGAAGGUGAAUUAACACUUGAAGAAUUCAUUGAAGGUGCCAGGGGACAACCAGAUAUAAUGGAGAUGCUAAAGAAAAUUAUGGACCUGACUCCAGUGCUAGAGAUUAUUGUUGAAGGACGACAGAAACCAUGCAACGGCGAACAAGGCCAGAUAAGGACAUAAGAUAAAUUUCAUUCUGGAGACACAUCGGCUCAUUGACACUUUGAACCUCACUGACAGUACAAGGCACUGCAGCACAACAAUGGUAUACUGGCUUUUAGAAAUAAUUAUUUGUAUCAAACAGUAAUGCUAAGAAAUUCAAAAGCUAAAUCAUGUGAAAUAACAAAAUGAUAAAACUCAGAACAUUCAAUUACAACAAUGUUAUUUUUUUUAAAUAGUGAGCUUUGAAAGUGUAACUAAGCCAGCCAGCUAACUAGCUAGACUAAAGACUAGCAUAAGUAAAUCUAGCUGUCCAAAACAUGCAGAAUUCAUAUACUAUUCUUCAGAAGAAAAAAAAAGGUUUUCAAUACUCAGAUUGUAUUCAGCUCCGAUACAUAAACUGAACGAGCUUCCUCAGGCGUUUGACUGAAGAACAAAAAUGGAAAGAUGGACUGAUCCUUUAAUGCUUUAAGAAGCUCAAAGCACUGUGUGACAGGACAGGACAUGGCGAGGCAGUGACUGGCAACAUGUCGCUUUAUAAGGAAAGGCUUAGUUGUGAAAGGUCAAAGAUCUGCAGUCACAUGUACACUAAUUUAGACUUUUUUAUACUAAUAUUUUAUACUUGUUUAUAGAGAGAACAGAAAAAUUAAACUUUAAAAAAAUUAUCGUGUUGUUACAAUUUAUUACAAAAACAAUGAACGUAGACCUUUUUUAUUUUAAAGAAAGUAUUGCUUUUUGUGUGUUAGAUAAAGACACAGUGCUACAGUGAAAAUCUAAAUCACUAUUUAGCACAAUUAAAUGCAGUGUCUAUGCAUCUAGGCUCUGGGGUAUCUCUAUCUGGGGCAUGCAGAAGGACCUCACUGCAAUUUUUCAGUUCAUAUAAAAUGAAUGCUACCAAGUUUUUAUGCUUCAUCACUCCUACUAUGCUGAAUUCUUAGUUAUCAGUCCUUUCAGAAUUAUUACUAAACAUGAUGAAAGGGUUGUUAUGACUAUUAUGACAGCUCACAGUAUGAUCUAAUGGUUCUGUGAUCAAUGUGGUUUCAAUGAUCUCAGUUUGCCUCUGGAAUCUUUUUCAUUUUAAUGCAUUAAACUAUGUACAAAAACAUAAAAACUGAAAUUCGGAGCUGAAACACACUAGUACUGGUUUUUCCAAACUGUACAACCUGUUUUGGAUCCAAUUAAUGACAAUGUGCUUCAUCACUGAAGUAAUUCAAGUGCAAGCGCUUAAACUACAGCUCUGUUAAAGCAACAGUCUUGUUUACUUUAUACAUAUGAUAUGCACAGAUUUAAGUCAAUAUGGAAAAACACAUCCAGGUUUAACUUUAAUACAUAAUAAACUGUGCUUUUUUAAAUCAUUUUACAAAUGGGCAUUUGACCUUUAUAACAAUAUUGGAAUAUUCAAGUACUACAACUAAACAAAUAAAACCAAUGAAAGGUCCUUUUAAACGAUUUGUAAAAUGAAAAUUUGAAAAAAACUAAUUUCUUGUGAGGAAAAAGUAAUGACAGCACGACAAUUAUUUGUAAUUAAAUUGGAUAGAAUGACCUACGGGUGUAUCACAUCAGGUGCAACUUAUUAAACCAUUGUUACAGAGAAUUUGUAGAAGGCUUGCCUCAUUUAAACCUCAGUUAUUUAGUUUGGUUUGCUCUUUAUUGUUGAAGUGAGAUGUUUUACCAUGGUGAGAUCCAAGAAGCUCUCUGAGGCCUAAAGAAAGGAGAUUGUUGAUGUUUAUGAGUCUGGUAAUGGAUAUAACAAGAUCGCAAAAGGAUUUGUAAUCAGCCAUUCCACUGUCUGGAAAAUCAAUUGCAAGUAAAGAACAUUUAAAAUAAUGCCAACAUGGCCAGUUCAGGCCAUGCAAGCAAGUUCAAGCAGACUGCAAGAUGCUAGAAGAACCUCCAAAAUCCCUAAAAUGUCAUCACGGGACUUACAGCAAGCUCUUGCUACAGUUUAUGUCAAAGUAUGUUAAAAAGUACUUCACAACUUUAAUUAUUGUGAGAGAAGUGCAAGGAAUAAAAUGUGGAAAAAUA